GUUAGCCACAUUUACCGGAGUGUUCAUCGCCUCACAAUCUGCACGUCGACAACCUUCAAUUUGAUCGCACUUGACGGUUUACAGAGACAGGGUCUGUCAUUUGAGCUGUCGUUAUCUCACAGACACUGUCUGUCACCGACUCUACACUUCGCUUCUUCUACAUUUAAAAGCUAACGUUAGCUAACGGAAACGUUAGCAACGCAGGGAUGGCGGAGGUUCCCGGGACAUCAAGUGAGACGAUAACGGAGACUGUUCAGACCAGCACACCGCCACCGCCCCAGCAGGAGGGACGAAGCCUGACAAUCAAGCUGAGGAAGAGGAAGACUGAGAAGAAGGUGGAGUGGUCCAGUGACACUGUCGACAACGAGCACCUAGGAAGAAGGUCUUCAAAAUGCUGCUGUAUUUAUGAGAAGCCCCGACAGUUUGGAGAGUCGUCCUCUGAAAGCGAGGGAGAGGAUGAUGAUGAAGGGUGUGGCAGUGCUCACUGUAUCCUGGGUCACGGCAGGAGAGGUCACGGACAGAGGGGGGGCGGGGGGCCCACAGUGCCCCCAAACUCUGGAGGCUCACACAGCCAUUAAAGAGCACUGCAGGCUGAGUGUGGGCUCUGAGGGGGUUCUCACCACGACAAUGACACAUUACAAAACUGCACUCUUCUUUAGUUUAGCUCCAUCACUGAGGUCCAGGUAGGCCGGCCUGAUGCUGCACUCUAGUCACAAGUCAGAAAGUCCAGCAGCUGGAGAGGAUUACAGCCUCUGUACGCAGAGCAACAUGGAUUAUUGAAUUAGCCUAAUUGAAAAUGCUGCUCUCCUUUCAGCAGCUGAAAGCAUGCUCACCACGCACAUAACUUGGAGUGAUGAGUUCACAUAUUCCAUUUCUUUACAAGAACUCAUGCUAAAAAGCAUUACAGAUCCCACAUGGUAAUCAGGACAUCACCACUGGGCAUUUUCCAAAGCGUGGAGUAGAACAAUAACAUUUGAAAAGCUUUCCUGUUUUUCAGGCAGCCUUUGGUUUCUAUUUACUUAGCCAUGCUGUGAUGAUAAACCUUGAGGUUUGUGAUUCAUCACAGUGAACAUCAUGUUUGCUGUUAUUUCUCUUUUAGAGUUGCCAUUCAGAAAUGCAAUUAAAGUUGCAUUUGACGAUUCGUUUUUACUCAAUUUGCUAAAUAUUUUAUAAAUUUAGUCGUCAUUUUAGAUGAAGAUAGAGAACAGUGUCCAUCACACCAUCCAGGAGCCAGAGUGACAAACAACAUUUGAUCAUCAGUCUAAAACCCUGAAGUAUGAAAGUCUUCAGUUUAUCUGACACAGAAAAACAUCAGAUCUUCACUUGGCAGAGGCAGGAGCCAGAAUGUUUGGCAUUCUAGCUUUACAGUGACUCACAUGAUUACCAGUCCUCACUUAUCAACUGAGUUGCAGAUGAAUUUUCUGACAAUCUACUAAAUGACACAUUAACAAAUUUAUUUAGCGUGGUUAUUAUUACUAUUUUUUUUCAUUAAUCUAUAAUCUGUUUGUCUUCAGAAUGUCCAAAAAUAGGUUGUUGAGAGCAAUAAAGUGACAUCUUACAAUGCCUUGUUUUAUCCCCAAACCCAGAGAUAUUAAAUAUGUCAUGAAUAAGACAUUUUCAAUCAAUCAGUUUGUUUUUCUACACAGGCUGCACUCCAUCUGAUGCUAACCAAACUUACAACAAUUUGAAAAGAAAACAAAAAAAACAAAAACAGGAUGGAAUAGUGGAUUACACAACCAAGCCAGUGUGGAGCCUUUACAAGCAUGAUUUUUACACUGCCAGGAAGAGGGGGCAAAAACAAGCAGGAACACCUCUAAAAGAGUGCAGUGUGCUUUGGACAGCUGUGGGCAGCAGUCAUGGACACAAUGUCUGAUGUAAGAAAUGAGCUAAAACACCUUGUGAUGUGUAGCUGUGCAGUGAUGUCACUGUGUCCAAUAACAACAUGCAUUAUUGAACGAGCAUAAAAUUCUCCUCUCAGCCGCUAAAUCAUAAUACAGUCAGAGCUAACUCAGUUAGCAUGGAAUGGAAGCGACCGCAGAUGUUUAACCCUUUAAAACACAGACUGACUCACAGUGCAGACAGUAGAAUCAGACUACCUGUGUUUUUGCAUGUUUUAGCCUUUCUUCUUCACUUCACCACAAAUUCCAUAUGUGUGCAUGACAUAACUGGACUAUUUGACAGUGUAGAGGAGCUUCAGGCCUCUAAAGGUUAGAUUUCCAUACUGUGCUAAACUGAGGGGAAACCAAUGGCUGCCUGUUAUAAAACCUGUUUGAUGUGCUUUGGAAAACGCUCCUCAGCAGUAAAAGUGUUUGUGACGACUCCAUCACGGGAUCACUGCAGAGUUCCUGAUGUUUGCCCAGACUUCCCUGCUUGUUUUCCCAACAGGAAAUGCAGUGUGUUGCCCUCUCCCAGCAGCGUGCUUGACUCUGUGACUGUGAGCUGUCUCUGGAGUGCAGCAUGCAGUGUGUUAGCAGUGUGAGGAGAUGGACAUAGAGAAGCCAUCAGUGCUGUCUGGCUGUGUAUUUUCCUUUUGACAAAGUGGCAGAGUUAAUUGUAAAUAAUACAGCACAUUGUUUUUUGUUUUUUUUUUAAUUAAUUUAUUUGCUGGUCUUAAUUCUAAAGUUGCUAAUACUUGACAUGCAGUGGAGCACGGUCUGUGUAGUGACAUUGCAGUUACAAGCCAGUAUGUGAGAAGAAGAAAGAGAAUAAAAAGAAAGUGGAGUGGACACCAACAGAGCUCUCA